AUGUCCCACACAAAGCUUCCUCCACUUCCACCGUGAGUACAUUUUCCUAUCUUUUAGCCUAUUAAUGUCGCAGUUUAAAGGUGCUGAAGAUCCUGGGCAUAAGCUUUGAACAGCUGAGGUUUUAGCAAUGUGUGGAUAUAACUGGUGCGAUGAUCGUUUUGCUGAAAAUCGUUUCAACUUCUAAACCAGUUUUCAUACAAACCCAGUGUACUGUUGUGUUUGUAGUGUACUUUUGAACAUUUUAACUGUGAAAAUUGCGCUUGUAACCUUAAUACUGUGGCAACAGAAAAGAUAGGAAUAGGUUUUGUUAGAAUAGUUUAUAGUUUUAUGUAGCCUGUAAGCUUAAAUAAUUUGGGGAGCUGCUUUCAACAGACCUGGGCUCGAUGAUCGAUGAAUUAAUCUUGUCAUUUCCUUUCUAGGUCUCUUACAAACUCUCCUUACACAAGUACCAAGGCUGUAAAGCAAUACACUGGACUUACGGGCCCAAGUUACACUCUAACAGGCCAAUCAGGGGCUCAGAAGUAUGCACUCCCUUCAGCUUCUGUUCUGCAGGUAUAGAAGUUAAUUUAAGUUUUGUUCCUCAUGAUAGUCCUAAAUGAUUUUUCUAACUCAUAUCUUGGGUUUAUCUUGUUUGAGCAGAAUACCAGAGAGUAAAAUAAAAAUAAUAAAUUAAGAUAAAUAUUUUUUUGUCUUAUGCGUUAGUCAGUUAACUCGAAGCUUCAACAUUUAUGCAUGCACCUGUCUUUUGGUGAAAUUAUUCCCAGGGUCUUUUUUCUCCUCUUCCCCCUGAACAAGAGAGAGGAAAGGAAGAAGACAGACCCUGAAGACAAGACUGAUUGAAUUAGAGCUGUUCACAAAGAAUUUAAAUAAUAUCCAAGGAUACGGUAGUAGCAGUACCACCGACUGUGGAACUGUGACAGAGGCUGUUUUUGGAAACGGUGGUGUGAGCUACAACCAUUUUAGCCUGUGAGAGCAUGACACAUUAGCAAUUGCCAUAUGCUCUGACACAAUAUAUUAAAUGUCUGUUCCAAUUUUGCAUUUAAAAUUAACCAUGGCUUUUGGUUUGAUUCCAUUAACUUGUAUUCCAGCCCUAUAUAGACACAAGGGCAGGGACUUUGGACACAUGGCCAGCACAUGCUCUUGGUCCCAGUACUCCAGAUCUAAACCCUGGACAGGCCAAACAAACAAAUGAGUUUAUGCCCAAGGGAGUGCACAAGCCAAAGUUUCUGGAACAACUUGAGGCCUUCUUACAAAAAGAAUUACGUUCCCUAGAUUGUGCUGAGAUGGUUCCAAGUGAGAAAAGACUGCAGGUAUGUAGUGAUAGUUGUACUGAUCCUAGAUGCAAUCUAUACAACGAUAAUAGCAUUCAUACAGAUCAUAGAAAACCUAGAAGGUCACGAAAUUUAAGAAUAAAUAUUUCAUAAGUCAUGGAAUUUAAUUGUUGGUCAUGGAAAGUUAUGGAAAAUGUUGUACAUAUCUUUUGGUAGAUUAGUUAAGUGCAGAUGUCCAAGCAAGGACAAAGUAUAAGACAGAGACAAGAAAUAAAAUAGCGGGAAUGACACACAUGUUGGUGGAUACCAGAGUUUGUGUCUGUUGAACUGAGUUAGGUGGAAAAACAUCACCAAAAAAAGAGAAAGAUUUUAAAUUUUUUAAGAGAAAAGCUAAACCUAAAGUCAUGAGAUAGGAAAGUUCUUGGAAAAAUUCAUAGAAUUUGAAAAGCUCAAAAGGGUGCAAACCAUUCAUAGUCCUGAAAAGUAAAAUUUUAAAUUCUCUUUUUUUAUUUUCAGGCCUUUAGGGAAGUAUUUGAAUACUUGAUAGAAGAUUUUAAGACGUACAAGCCUCUACUGUCAGCAAUAAAGCAUGAGUAUGAGAUGAUGUUGGUGCAUCAGAGAGAAAAGAUUAGAGAGCUGGAGCCACUAAAGGUAUUUCCUAAAAAAAUAACAUGAACACUUAAAAUAUUAUGUGAAGUGUUACAAGGAAAAGGCUAUCAGGCUUGUGUGUUUGUGGUGUUCAAUUUGCUUAAUAUUUUAUUUUCUAGAGCAUGCUUGUGACAGUUUCUGAACAAUGUGAGAAGAAGCUGUUAGCUGUCAAACAGGAAGAAAAGUCUGGUGAGAUAUAUGAUUCAUUCGCUCUUUCACUCCCAAAAGUGGCCAGUAAGUCAAAAUUCAACUCAAUUUCAAAAAAUUCUUUUAUAAAAUGUUAAAAGAAAAGCAAGUAGAUGCAAAUACAUGUCCCUAGGUUUUGCUCUAUUUUUCUGAAUAAAAAAGUAUUUUUAUAAUUCCAUGUUACUGCUAGGAUAAAGAAUCCUAUUUCAAAGUAAUUCAUUUUAAAGUUGAAGUCUUUCAAACACAGGAAAGGACAGUUGUAUCUGAUAUCAAGGAGUAGUUUGAAAUAUUGUCAGAUACAGCCCAGCUUUCGAAGCCAACUUUGAGUUGCUGGAUUUCAUUAUUUAUAAAUUUUUGCAAUUUAUUGUAGGUGGAAAUUUUGACAUUAGGGUUAGGGUUUGAGUCACAAAACUUGUGUUAGAACUGCAAGUAACCCUCUAACUCUGAGAUAUCAGGAUGUCAAUUUGCCGACUCCUAAUGCGUAUGAUGGAGCUACAUGUAUAAUAGCUAAGAAUGACCAAUGAUAUCUCAAGCUCAAAUGGCAAACCUUUCUCACUGUAGUCUACUACAAGCUGUUCUUUGUGUUGUCAGACGUUGCUUCUCUCUUCCUCUUUGUGGGAAAAGCAUUGUGUGAUGUUACAAAGAAAGGCUGCAUAUGAGACCAUCUAUUUUGAUAGUGGCUUCUUAGUUUAUCAACCUCUUCCCCCCUCCCCUCCCCUCCCCACUCCACGCCCAACAAAUCUCCUCUAAAUAUCCUUUAAUUUGUAUUCAGAUGUGUUAGAAAUGAAGAAGGAAAAUCAAAGACUGCAAAAUGUAAUAUCAGGACUCAGGUAAAGACCCAGUAGCCUUUCUACUCAUACAUUUAAAUGUUACAGGUCAAAAUUAAAUUCAGCUUAAAAAGUUUUAACCUAGGUUGAUUCUCAAUUUUCUUUGUCUCCUAGCCCUAAUUCAUGAGUAAUGUGUGGUUCCAGAAAAUAUCCAUACCCCCCCUCCCCCCCCCCCCCACGGAAGAUCAUUGGAAAUUCCGAGGGGGGGGGGGGGGGUCAUCAAAGACCCCUUGGUUUGGAAAAUCCUGGGGGGUGGGGGGUGCAAAUCAAAGAAUCUUCCGUGGGAGGGGUAUGGAUAUUUUCUGGAACCAUACAACUAGGGAUAGUAGACAAAGGAAAUUGAGAAUCAACCUAAAUUAAACAAGUGUAAGCUGAAUUUAAUUUUGAGCUGUAACAAAUUUAUAUAUAUUAUAUAUCAAGUAAAAUUCAGUAAACACAACAAUUGUGACAAUCAUAAUAACUCAUACUAGCUUUGCUUUAACUGCAUGUCCCAAAAUUGAACAACUAGCACCCUCUUGGUACAGUUUACAUGUCAUCCUGCACAAUGUGCUUUCUGUCUGAGGACACUGACCUGAUAGAGAGCAUAUAAACGCUUACUAGUCUAUGCAGACUAUGUAAUAGUUAGCUGAACUUUGUGUUUGUACAGCUAUGUGUAAGGUAUAAUCUGCUUGCUUUUGUUGGUCAAAUAUUUAUGUUAUGGUCUGUUUCUCUUUUAGGGAAGAGCAGAUAUCUCUUCAAGUUCAAGUUGAAAAGGUGAUGAACCUUUAUAAAAGUUUAUUAUGAAAAACAGUGUACACUUUAAGGUUCAUUAUAAAUUAUUUUUCAAAGCAUCCAUUGUAAUCCAUCUACGUUUUCCAAAGCAUCCAUUGUAAUUAGCUGAGUUGGGAGAGCACCGGUCUGCUGAGUGGGAGGUCGUGGGUUCAUACCCCCGCCGGACCAACAACCAGGGUCUUUAAAAAAACUGGUGAGGUCAUACUGGCUGUGAUUUGAGACCUUGUCUCAGUUAAGAUAUUAAUUAUUGCAUCAUUGGGCGAUGACAAUAAGCCAUUGGCCUUGUCUCCUUCAUCCUUCUUUCAUUAGUGGAAUCAAAGGGGACAUAAAAGAGCCCACACUACUGUUCAAAAAGAGUAGGGGAAGUUUCCCUGAUGGUGUGGUCUACCCUUCAUGCAUCACACAUCAUUCAUAUCAUUGGCUAUGGGUGGGUUACAGUAAGCUCAUAAAUGGACUGAUAGCAGCGCCAGUGGCGCCCUUAUAUGCUGAUGUCUGAGCUUACUGUUAACAUAUUAUUAUAUAAUGUAAAGGGGGAACGUCUUGUUGUCCUUUAAUCCACGACACUACAUCACAUUACAUUACACUACAUUACAUUGUUGGAUGCCCAUCCAACCUGUUCAUGCUUAGUAUACACUAGGCUGAUUUAGCAACAGGACGGCAAAACGCGCAGAAAGGACUAAACACGACUUCCGGUGCUCAAUUUGCCGUUGUGCCAUUGGUCAAGCCAGUUGUUUAAUUUGCACGUGCCGUCGACAAAGGACGUUCCCUUUCUGUUUCUAAAUCAGCCUACUAUUGCAAGUGCAUACACAACAUACAAAUUUAUUGACUUAAAAAUUUGCUGUUAAGAUGGGAUAAGUCAAUCAGUGACAUUAUUAGGUGUAUCACAGGGCAGGAAAAAAAAUUUGAAAUCCACUUGCCAAGUGGGCAAGUAAAUUUUAGUUUUCACUUGCCCCCACUUAUAUGUUCCUUGCCAGAAGGGAACACAACGCCUGUUGAUCUAUAAUUCAAAUAAAUAAUAAUAUUGUCUCGCUUAUCUUGCAGUCUUCAGUUCUGAAUUAGUUUCUUCCUGGAAAUUAUCAUUUACUAAGCUGAUACUUUCCGCUGGGUCACCAAACUUCUAUUUUUACUUGCCCCGUGCAAUUGGACCUGGGUUUUUUCCUGCCCUGUAUCAUACUUACAUGAAGAUUAGAGAGGUACUGAAGCCCCUAUUUCUUAAGUUCUUUGGGUGUGAUCUUGCAUUUGUCCAUAAAAACCACUGAAGAAGAGCUCAUUUAUAAGUUUAAGUAAAUUUACUUUCUCUACUCUUUGCAAGCAGAUGUUCAGUGUUUUAGAAACAAAACGUUCAACUCAUUGUAAAUUUUUUUAUUUCAGCUACAAGAAGAGUUAGCUGCUGAAUAUUUACGAUAUAGAAACGAGUGUGAUGCCAGGUAUUAAAGACAAAUGAAUGCAUGUUGUGCCUUAUCGUGCAAAGAAGUAAUUGCUAUAGGAUAAGGUGCAGAACGCAGGCACCGAGGUUUGGGAGGGCAAGGGAAGAAUUUUCGCCCACCCCACCCCCCAAGUGCUUACUCGCAAGCUAAACUCAGGGAAAAGUGGUAACUUGAGAAGUGAACAUAAAGGGAAAUACAUAUAUUGUCGGCGUCAGUCUCUUACUCAACUACUUGCCAUCUAAACAGUCCAACUUAACUUCGUUGGUAAUUGUACAGAUCGAAUACUUGCUACUUUUUAACCCCCAUAUAAAAAGACGAUGACUUUUUUUAUCUUAUUUGAGACCAACUUAUAGUGGUUUUAACAGCUUUUGUGAUCUUUGUACAAGUAGUCAGGCAUUACACUGUAACUACUUGCAUCAAAGAAAAACGUUUGCCGACGAUAGUACAAUAUAACCUGUAUACUUUUAAUUUUUUCAACGUAUUUUAGGAAGAUGUUGAUAGCGGAUAUAAAUGAGCUAAAAUAUCAACAAGAAGACGCAAAGAAACCGAAUGCAGAGGAAGAAGGCGAAGGAAAAGAGGAUGUCACAUUCCUUAAACUCGCGCUGAAGUAAGUACAACAAACGAAAAGAAAUCCCAUUACUGCUUCUGCAUUAUUCUGCAACUCAGGGUAAGUUUAUACGGCAACGGAUGAAUUUCGACCGACUGAAAAAUUUGACCGGACACUUCGUUCACACCAGCCCGUUAAGUCUAUUGUUUUUGCUCUGCUCUCACGGAACUUUAAACGGCUAAGCGUCUAAAAUUUCGUACUGUUAAGGUCGCUCCGUGUGAGUGGAACACCUACACGCACGCCAAAAUUUUCAACCGGACAAAAUUCGUUCAGUGCCGUGUGAAAGAGGCCUCAGUGAAAAGAGAGAAAGAAAGGCCUUCUCACUGACUCUUUCUUUUUUCUCGUCGCUUUUCCUUCUUGCAGGAAAGCAAGAGAGGAUCUUGACGCCAAGAGUCAAAAGCUGGCAGAAAUGGAGGCGGAUUAUGGAGAUGUUGUGCCGAGAAGGGAUUUUGAAAGACUCGAAGCCCAGUUUAACGUAAGCGCUCCCUUUACUGUGUUUAAGACGAAUUGGUAUGAUGCCUUUUCCUUUCACAAAACUGUAAUUUUCUGUGAAUAGAACUAACUUUAAAAUAGUAGCUUUCUCUUAAACCCCUUCUAAUAUUCGUUGUCCCAUUUUUUAAAAUGAGAAAUUGAUGUUCAUUUUAUUUUUUUACAGAAAUUACAGAAAGAUAUGGAAACGUUUACCGUGGAUAAUCAGAAGCUAAUGCAGGAGCACAAGUGAGUCCGUUGGUUAGAGUUUGUAGCUUCAUUAAGCAAGGGUAAAACGGACCGAGAGUUUAAACGCUGGAAAUAGCAAAGUUGAAUUAGACGUUCAGAGUUAAAAGUCUUUAGUUACGGGAUGGUGGGGGGGAGGGGGGGGGGGAUUUCACCAUUUACAUUCUAUACGCUUGUCAGAGGAAUCAACAGUGAAACUACUCAAAGUGUCCUGUCAGGCAGACUCACAACUGGGCUGACCCUGAGUCCAUCACGUAAACCCUUUGCUCCCAAUGCAGUCGUUUAUAGCUUGAGAGCCUUGAGGGGAAACAUGGCCGCCCCAAAAACGACUGGGUAGGAGGCUAGCUAAUCCUUCGAGCACACUUUGCUCGAACCAGGGAUUCAGCAUUAUACGCGCAACCAAUUUUACUUGAGAAAGUCAGCAGUCUGCAGGCAAAACAAUGAAAUAGCUCAAAGCGUUUAGAAGUUCGUGUAUUUCAGUGAUAUUAUUGACCUGGUUUGUUAGACCCACUCUGCUCUCCGUAAGGUCUUGUCAAAAGGUACAAUAUACAAAUAUCUGCUUUUUCAUUGAAAUUUUCAGUGCCAUUCUUGAAGUGCACAAGAAGGUGGUGGAUCAGAGAGAUCAGUACGCACACGACUGUGAACAGAUGAGAAGAAGUGCCACGCCCAGGUAAGUACUUUUGGCCGGCUGUACAGUGAAGUGUUCAUAAUAUGGGCAACAAAGGGACAGAGUCCGUAUUACAGAGGUCUCACUUAUAUUAUUAGAAAACUUUAGAUUCGAGGACGUGGAUCGACUCGGUAGAUAACAAAAAGUACCGUGUUUUAUUUGCACCUCCAUACUCCUUUAUUCUUUCCAUAUGUAGGCCUCAUUGGGAGAAGUGUGCACAGUAUGUUGAAGGAGGAACAGAUCGAUGGAAUGAGUUGUCUCAGAACAGAAGCAGUGAUGAGCUAGUGGAUGUGUUACUAGCGGAGAUGACAGGACAAGAUAUUGCUAUUAUACAGGCUGGUGUUAGCACUGGUGCUGAAUACUUUCAAGGACAGGUAAAAAUUAUCCGAAAAACACGCAUGAUCCUUGUAGUUUACAUUACAUUAUUUCAACUCUCUGUGAUGGUUAUGAUGUAAAACAACUGAGCUAUGGCUCAUGACUCGUGAUGACAAUGACGAUGGUAUGGUUUAAUAUGAUAAACACGCUGAUGGUUGUGGUGGGAAUGGUGUAGAUAAUGGUAAUGAAAACGGUCAAGUGAAUGUGGGUGACAAAAUUUUACAGUGCAGGAUGAGCACUGGGUUUCAGCCGGCUAAUUUAGAUUUAUCUGACACGCGCAAUAAGGAAAGUUACCAAGAGGAAGAUGUUACAUCAGUUGACCAUUUUACAAGCGUGGACAAGGGCUUUGAACACGGGUCAUCCUUCCCCUUUAAAAGACACGGUACGACUCUAUCCUCCACCUAUGCUCCGGUCCUCUGUAUUUCUUCAUUUGAUACCGCCUCUAGAUUACCACUGGUCGGGUAACGUGUUUCUGGGCCUCACUGGCCAUGCUUGGACAUUCUAUAUUGCUCUACAUUGGGUGCAUUUUUUCUUGCGUUUGAUGCUGAGGGCGCAAGAUGCGGAAUUUUGCUUCGUGCCCUGAUUUGUUUCUACUGUCUGACUUUCUGGUAGUUGUGGAACAGUUCACUAAGUUGUCAUUUUUAUCGUUGUGCUGGUCGGUCUCACUUUCAGUCUUAAUUAUAAAUGUUCUUUUACUGCAGGGUACCGGUCCAGAAGUGCCUAAAUUUUUACGUUAUGAUGGUCAAGUGCGAAACAGACGUCUCGGUAAGAGAGACACUUCACUUCUCAUCAAAGAUAUCUGGCAGGAAAAAGCAGCUCAUGAUGCUGAGGUAAGAUAAUCGACGAAAACUUCUUUCUGAGAGGCAAGUCGGACAAACAUACACACUGAGGAUACAAAUUUACUUUGUUGAAACGUGCGGUUAAGGAGCGAAAUUUUUACACAAGAAUGAAAUUACCUUGGGUUGCAGUAUUUAUUCGGUCGAAUUUGGUAUCUGCUUUAUUUUUAAGCAUCCAUUUGUCUCAUUUGUUGAAUUACUUAUUAAUAUUAAACGACUUUGUAGUAAGCCUGGGUUGUUAGGGAAAGCUAGCAUACUGUAUAGCCGUUUCGUUUGCCUCAUGGAAUUUUUUAUUGCUUUAAGCCCCAUAUAAACGCACGCAACAUUGUUAGAUGUUAAAUGUUGCGUCCGUUUGCACACCCUAUUGUAUGUUGUUUGCUUGUUGUUGGGAGUUAGUUACAAUGCGAUGAGGGAGUCGACCGCAGUUGUUUAUCCUCUUGCGUAUCUUGGAAUCCUGUUUGAGAAUCUCUUUCAAGUGAACGCUUGCAUUCCAUUGUGCAAAUUACCGCAGUGUAAUUUUGAUUUUCUUAUUAUUUUUGCAGAAACCAGACGGAGAGCGUGAAGACUUGGGCGAGUUCUUGUAUCAGUACCUCAACAGGCGUUUCGGUGUAGAAAACAUGAUUAUAGAGUGGGGAUAUAACCUGUAUGAUGCCUGCGGUCGGUACACACAUGAUCCAAGGGUUGGUCUGUUCUAUGGAAUACUACAGAAGGAGGUAUUGAAUAAUGAUGACUUUUCUUUACGUACUUACUUUCCUUGGUAUAAUCAUAGUCUCUAAUAUUGUCGAAAUACAUGCUUGCGAUGGCAUUGUAAAUGGUGUACUUUGCUGAGUUUAGGAAGCAGCUAUUGCACAGUCGGUUGGUUAUUGGACCAGUGCAAUAGCUUUCGCCUUCCACUUCCUCUAUUUUCGGACCCACUGUUUAUAAGGGAGAUACCUCCCUGCCCCUUUGAAGGGUCUCUUAUUUCCCUCAUUUCCAAUGAUAUCUAAGUCGAUCACGGAUAUACGGGUACGUAAAGCAAAACUAUUUGCAUACAUGCGCAAUACUGAAUUAAUUAUAUAUUUAUUUCGUGUCUCACUUUCUGGAUAUAAAAGUGACUGUAGUAACCUCAAUUUUUAGAUCGAUGAAGCAGUAUACCACGAUCAGUUAGUGAUGUUAGAAAAACUUUACAACGCCUUCACCAAAGUUGAUCUGGCAGCGGGAAAUCAGGUAAGGGAUGGCUCUUAUUAUCUCUUUGCCGUGAGUAUAACCAAAUAUGUAAUAUUAUUCGUCAUUCAAAAUACUUCUUCAUCUCCGAUUGGUUUUAAUCCCUUGGCCAAUUCUUCAUAACUAGCUGACCAAAUUUGGAACCGAGGGGUUUCAGUGCUAUUAUCCUCUCGUUGACGUCAGUCACAGACGUCAAUUAGGGGAUAAUAUCAAAUUAUGGACAACUGCUACAGGACUGUGAAAGGUUUGAAUCCAGGAGUCAUUUCAAAACUGCGACAGGGCUGUCAUUAAGAGCCGGGGGCCGGGGACUCCCCCCGGCUAUUAUAAACAUGGCCCCGGCUUGUCGCAUAGGAAAAUAGAAGAAAAAUAGAACCAAAAGACAUCCCUAGCUGUUUGAUUCCUUGCCUACUUGUUGUGUUUAUCUGGCAACUGGAAAUCUUAGUGACAUCCCUGCUGCUAUCUUGCAAUAUUGACAACCUUAUUCCCAGGGUCCUCUCAGAAAGUCAAAGACAGAGGCAGAUAAGGGUCAGAUAACACCUCCUCGAUCUGCAUAAUUGUUCAUAUCAUACCCAGCCUCAUCCAAAAAGUUUUUCAAACUGACUGAACAAAAAAUGCGGCAAUCUGAUUUUCUAAGGCUUUAAUAUGUUAACAGUUAUUACUACAAGGAUUAUUUUCAAAAGUAGUACCGUUAUUUGUUUUUCCAGGGAUCGUUGUCAAGAGCAGACUUUGAACAGUGCUUACGUUCAUUCUUCCCGCUAAAGGAUGACGAAUCGAUAGAAGUUUUAAUGAAAGCCUGUGAACAAGAGUCACCUGGAGAAAAUGUUCAAUACAAAAACCUGUUUACUGAGGUGAGAAGUUCAAGAAAAAUCUUUUUACGAUACGAAAUGUCGAUUCGCUUAACGAGACCUCUAGUCGAAGAGUUUCGUGAAUAAUCCUUAACCUCUUUUUUUUGGAAACGUUUUUCAAGCCCAUUUGAUGUUUUCUCAAAAAAUCGGAAAUCUUAUUCUUAUUAUAGGGCCUUCAUGUAAAUAAUUAUCAUCACAGAAACCAGUCAAUCGUCUACAACCCCUCUCUUAAAGGGCACUGCUAUGAAACGGUCACUUAGGGUUGAUCUUUGCCAUUCUCCAGCCAUCUUCCUUUGACUCUUUAUCAGAAAGACAGUUUUCCAAGGCGGACACUUUGCAACAAAUCCAACCGUGUCCGUCUCGAAAAGAGUUAUCUUUACCAUCAAUUUACCUUUUGUUUGUAACAAGGAUGAAGAAGGACGAUCUGGACCAUUUGUGGACAGGAUACGAGAGCAAGAAAAGUUAGAGAAGACCUUGUAUGUAAAGGAGAUCGAAAAUGCCCUGACAGGCAACAGGUAAGAUAAGCUUAAAGGUUCUUGUUUUGUUGAUAAAAUAUAUCAACAUUUUCAUUCUACUUUUACGGACACUUUUUUUCCUGUCCUCGUGUUGUUUUGGUAAUCACAUUUUUUUGUGUGGGGCAGUUUUAUACGAAAACAGCUUUUGACGGUGAUGGGGACUAGGAAAAUGUGUUUAUUGUGUCAAGUGCACUAAAUUUAAAAGCGUACGUAGCAAGUACGUCAACGUUUAUGUUUCUAUGGUUCUAAAGUUCGUAUUCGUUUAUACAAUUACUUGAAGAAAGACGUCGAGGCUUUAACACAAUGCGAGAAUCUACAGUGGAAAAGGAGGGGGUCACAAAAUAAUACCCGCAGGUUAAUCCCACCCUUAUUUAUUCUUAGUGAAGUGUCUGUAGAGAUGGUGCGUCAGGCCAUACAGUCAGUGGAUCCUGAAGCUCCGGCCGAGGUUAUUGAUAAAUAUCUGGGGCGAGCGUUCAAUACCACAGCUGAUCAGCUAGAGUCUGGGACCAAGCUUGAAACUACGCUUUUGAUAAAGAGGCUGCAGAGUGGAAGUGUGAAGAGACUGGGACCAAAACCAAAGUAACUCGAUGCUGAUUGGUUGAUUUUCAGUAGGACUUAUAAAUAACUUUCUCAUUUCUUUUACUUUAUUUUUUUAAAAAAAAAUGGCUUGUUUUAUUUAUGUGAAAAAUAAUGUUUUAUCGAAAAUCGGUAUGUUAUUCUAUAACCUCAUCAAACAUUAGUAUGAAAAUGAAUGUAAGGUUGCGGGAUUUCAGUGAUAACGAACACAACAAAACCAUUUUUUAAGCAGGAGAGCCCAUCUCGUCACCAGAGCCUCCGGUUGCUGUGAAGUCGAGAACGUAAAGGGAGCUUGGUAUAAACUAAAGUUUUUGUGCCCGGUUCUCAGUGUUAAUGCGUCCAUACCUUCUCCACCUCUCACUCUUUCGAAACAAUAUUUCAGCUUUCUAAUAUCAAAGAUCGCGUACGUAUCAUCA